UCCUUUAGUGCGGGCUAGUCACUCAAAGCAGGAAGUGCGCGAAUACUCGUCAGCAUUCGAGGGAUUUCGACAUCUAUAAAUUUAACUCAUCACAUUGAAUAUUACAACAUUUCAUCGUGAUGGCGUACUACGGUCAACAGCAGCAACAGCAAUAUCGUCCACCGGCUCCGGCAGGCAUGCCUGACCAAAACUGGUUGAUGAGUGUAUUUCAAAGAGUGGACAAAGACCGAAGUCAGCAGAUAUCGGCGAAGGAGCUUGGAGAGGCUUUGUCCAAUGGAACCUGGACGCCAUUCAACCCUGAGACAGUGCGGCUGAUGAUUGGAAUGUUUGACCGAGACAACUCUGGAACAAUAAACUUCCAGGAAUUUACAUCACUAUGGAAAUAUGUCACAGACUGGCAAAACUGUUUCCGUAGUUACGACAGAGAUAACUCAGGUUCCAUUGACAAGAAUGAGCUGAAGACAGCAAUGACUAGUUUUGGUUAUCGACUAUCAGAUCGUUUCUAUGAGAUUUUGGUGAAGAAGUUUGACCGUCAGGGGCGGCGUGGCACAGUGGCGUUUGAUGACUUCAUACAGUGCUGUGUGGUGCUCCAGACGUUAACUGGUGCUUUCCGUGGCCACGACACAGAUCAAGAUGGAUGGAUAAGGAUCACCUAUGAGCAGUUUUUGACGCUGGUUUUCAGUCUUCGGAGUUAGCAUGAAGACUUGAUGCUGCCUACAUUGAUUCCGUAUAUGACUUGCUGCUCACAAGAAUGUUAUUUUAUAACUUGUGGUUUACAUGUUUUACGAGGAUGUAACUGUGACCUGUAAUUACUUUGUGAGGAAGAUUUUGUUCACAUUUGUUAGUUCAUGUCUUUGAAAUAAGAGUAAUAUAUUGUAAACGUAACAAACAGAUGUUCUACUCUUACAGGGUUUUGUUGAAUUAGUUGGUCCAACAUGAUGCAGUGGUGUACCACCCCAGUCACUGCCUGUUUUGAAAUGCAUGUUGAGAGACUGUUCUGUAGUAUUUCUUCAAGAAGAAAACAUGUUAAUGAUCUCCUCCGUUGUCUCUAGUGAUGCUGCUGGAUGGACACAAUUAUUCUUCCUCACACUAUCUUCCAAUGUACUACCACUUGGGAGCUGUAUCUUCAAGACACUACCGCCAUAUAGCUGGAAUAUUGCGGAGUGUGGCGUAAAA